AUGGAGGGCAGCUGGAGAGGCAUCCCAGCCAUGCUGGUCGUCCUGGCAGGGCUGGCAGCUUCCGGAUCCAGCUAUCAAAUCAUAGAAGGUCCCAAGAACGCAACGGUGCUGGAGGGCACAGAGGCUCGCUUCAACUGCACCAUCUCGCAGGGCUGGAGGCUCAUCAUGUGGGCUCUGAAUGACACGGUGGUGCUGAGCAUCACACCCACGGAGUCCAUCAUCACCAACUACCGCUUUACCUCUGCCAGUUAUGAAGAGGGCAGCAACUCCAUCUCUGAGAUGAUAAUCCAUGACGUGCAGCUCCAGGAUGCCGGGCGUAUUAAGUGCAGCCUCCAGAACAGUGACCGGGAUGCCUCUGCUUUCCUUUCCGUCCAAGUUAUGGGGGAGUUGCUCAUUCCCAGAGGCAACCUUAUAGUCCCUGAGGAUAAGCCCUGUAAUGUGACUUGCCAUGCAUUGGGCUGGAUCCCUCUCCCGGAUAUUUCCUGGGAGAUCGGUGUUCCGGUGAACCACUCAAGCUAUUAUUCUGGUCCGGAGCCUGACGACCUCCAAAGCGCAGUGAGCAUCUUGACUCUCACACCACAGGGCAAUGGGACUCUGACUUGCCUGGCUAACAUGAAGGGCCUGAAUGCCCACAAGUCUGUAACUGUGAAUCUUACUGUGGUUCAGCCUUCUUGGGGCAGCAUUGAUAAAGCAGGUACAUCCUUGCCUACCUGGACCAUAGCUCUGCUUGCAGUAUCCUUGUCAUUGCUUUUGAUCCUGAUAAUUGUUCUGAUUAUAAUAUCCUGCUGUUGCUGUGUCUCCGGGCAAGAGAAAAAAGAAUCUAGUUAUCAAAGUGAAAUAAGGAAAUCUGCAAGCAUGAAGACAAACAAAGAAACUUUGGAGACAAACAUAAAAAGUGGGAGUGAAAACAAUGCCUACAGCCCAGAUGAGCCCAGGAUGGCCAAGCUUGCUUCUCUCGCUUCAGAGUCCUCUGAAUCCAGUGUUCGGGAACAACACAGAAAUAGGCAACCUUAUCAGGGACCUGACAUUCGGUGGCCGGGACCCGCAGGUCACCCGCAGGUUUCCUUCAUCAUGGCCAGUCCUAAGACCAUCAGGAACGUCACUUUGGUCUAG